AGAGCAACGAGAUAAUGAAGGAUUUUAUUUACCUUUUGGGUCAAAAAUUUUAUCUGAAAUUUAUAUUACAGCAGAAACAAUUGAUUCAGCUAGUUCACCUUUCCUAAGAGCAGUCUUCCUGGCAUUUUUGGAUCAAUCAAGUAGACCAUUUUUCGAAAUGUUAAAUUCAUGGCUCGGAAUACUAUCAUCUUCGUGCAGUUUCUUACCUAUGGAUUUGUAUAAUGAUGAGUUUAUAUAUAUGGAAUUUGAUACUAUUUCUGUGAAAGACAAUGGUGAUGAAUUUUGGCGAGUUGGAAUAGAAGCUGAUGAUGAGUAUUUCUUACCAACGUUCAUCAGUUCUGCGCUUGCACGUGGUGUUCUGGAGGCAGGAAAGGCCUUAAGGUUGCUACGUGAUUGUCGACCUGAGCAUCCCUUAUGUAAUUCGGGUGCUGUUUUAAGCCAUAUGACUGAUAAACCCGCCUGGGACCUGAAUUUGAAAUUUCUAUUUAUUCAAGGAGACAUAGAUGAAAUGCACGAUCAACUUCGGGACUAUUUACACAAUAUGACUAUUUCCAUCGUUACUCAAGAUGAAGAGCAAAGACCAGAAAUCGAGCACAUUCGUGAUUGUAAAAUGGCAGAAAGUGAACAAAACGCCGAUUUACAAUUAACCGAAAAUAUUUCCCAUUUCAUGUCAUUAGAUCCUUCAACCAAAGAUCCCGUCAUAAUUCUUAUAGAACGGUUCUUACAAAUUCAAUCAUCAACAUCUCCUUAUGCACAUAAAGAAUACAUUCUUCCGUUGGGUGCGGUCACUGACCUUGUUCUAAGGCAUACACUUAUUUGUCAUUGUAGACUUAUCGACGCAUCGGUUCUAUCUAUAUUUUUCCAUGAUUUGGACCUUUGUGCUCACCUGAAUGUAUUACGAGAAUUUAUGCUUAUGG